AUAAAACACAAACCCAAUUAAGCCCCACGCUGAUCGUCUCCAACGAAUACCAAGCAAAAUCCUAAGAAUAUGAACUCCGAUGGGUCGGCGGCUGUCGGCGGCGUGGGGCGGCCGUCGAGGAGCCGGUACGAGUCGCAGAAGCGGCGGGACUGGAACACGUUCCGGCAGUACCUGCGUAACCACAGGCCGCCGCUGGAGCUGGCGCGGUGCAGCGGCGCGCACGUGCUGGAGUUCCUGCGCUACCUCGACCAGUUCGGGAAGACGAGGGUGCACGUGGAGGGGUGCGCCUUCUUCGGCCGACCGCGGCCUCCGGCUCCUUGCCCCUGCCCCCUCCGCCAGGCCUGGGGCAGCCUCGACGCCCUCGUCAGCCGCCUCCGCGCCGCCUUCGAGGAGGCCGGCGGUCAGCCGGAGGCCAACCCUUUCGCAGCCCGCGCCGUCAGGAUCGACUUGAGGGAGGUCAGAGAGAGCCAGGCCAGGGCCCGCGGCAUCGCCUACGACAAGAAGAGGUCGACGAGGAAGAAGCAGCGCCGCCCGCCGGCCCCGCCCACCGAGGAGGCGAGCGCGGUACUUGAGCUAACCGCCGAAGCAGGGUAUUAUAACAACCCACAGCGGCAGAUGUUGAUGAUGAUGAUGAUGCAGCAAGCGAGUGUUGGCGGCGGACCAUCUGCCGCAGCGGCGGCGCGUUCCGGUCGAAAUAUUAUACGGCUCUCGGUGUUUAAUUGAUCGAUCGAUCGAUCAGCAAUCAAUUAGUUAAAAGAGUAGUGGUAAUUGAGGUUAACGAUAAGUACGACGAUAUAUA